UAUCGCCGCCGUCGUUACGGCGCACCCGUAUCGCAGCUUUCGCCGCCGUUUCGUAUCGCCGCCUGCGUUCAACGUCGUCGUCGCCGAUGCCGCCGCCCGACGGCAGCAGCACUAACGACAAUAACAACAACAACGCGUACGACACCACAGGCCCUUAUCGCUGCCGCUGAUUCCGCCGCGCUCGCAGUGGUCAGUCGCACUGCCGAGUGCACGUUCGCCCCGCACGGCCGUCGCCGUUGCCGUCGUCCCGACCGGUGUGCCGUUGUCGUCGUCGUCGUCGUCGUCGUCGCCGUUAUUGCCACCGCCGCCGCCGCCGCCGUCAUCACCACUGCCGUCGCCGCUUUUGAACUAUCGAACGGCGGCCGCACCUCCGCACGCUCGCAAAGCUAUUAUCACUCAGGUACAGCCGCUCAGUCGCUGCUAUUAUCAACGUUCUCGUCGAAACACGAGAUUUUCCCAUCAGCACUGACACCGCCACCACCACCGUCGCCGCCACUAUUACUAUCGUUAGCACACAACCUCCACUGCCGCCGCCGUCGUCUGUAGUACAACCACUACGAUACUAUUACUACGACUCGCCACGCGUCGCCGUUUUAGUUAUUAAUCAGAAAAAAUCGUAGCUGACACAAAAAUGUCCCUCCUCAACGUUAAAGUAAAAAUGGCUCGUUAUGUUGGAGACCAAGCGCCACAAUUCAGUACAUAUGCCACGUUAAAACUUCAAAACGUUAAGUGUACUACCGUCACGGUCAAAGGAGCAAAUCCUUGUUGGCAACAGGACUUUCUAUUCGAGACAAACGACGUUAAUUCGGGUUUGUUGGUGGAAGUGUGGCGGAGAGGGUUUCUCUUGGACUACGCAAUAGGAUACCACAUGGUCAGCUUACCAACAGUGCGCUACUCCAACGAGGAUGGUGAAGGAGAUUGGGUAUCACUAGAUGCUGAACUUGAAAUGAGCGACGGUGUAGUGACUGGUACCAGGUGUCCUACAGGACAUUAUCUUUUGAUUGAUGCUAGGUUCGAACUACCUUUUGGCCCUUACGAUCCACCGACUGGUUGGAAAGAAAUCUUAGGAGAGCUGGAUAAUUCCAACACGGCUCCGCCGAGCGCCAGUGCAUCAGGAGACAAUGACGAAAUCUGUGAUAUCGUGGACUACCAGAAAAAAUUCGAAAUCCUAAAUACUUUCGAACAGGACUCAAGAUCAGAAGAUGUUUCGGCACAAUUUCAAUAUUAUGGGCAGUCUGCAGGCAAUUCAGAAGAUAGUGAUUAUACAAGUGAUUUUAAUUAUCCAAUAUGUCGGCAACAAGCGAAUUCCUCUGCCUCACAAUUUAGAAAUCUUGCUGAUCAAUUAGAAAUGAGUCCUUGUAGUAGUCCAGAUCAUCCAAAUACAAAAGGCUCAGUGGGUAGUCAACAUCUAUAUGACUCUCAAAGGUAUGAAGAAAGGAGGGUUCCAGAGGAUGAUCUAUAUUAUAAUAGUAGGCCAAACAAUUAUAAAGACCACAAAAGGCGAAAAAACGACUAUAAAAUAGGAACCAGUGAAUGGUAUGAUGAAGGGUCUUCAACAACAUUCCUUGACCAGGAACAAUUUUCCACUUCUUCCAGACAUUCUUGUAAAAAACAUAUUUCUAAAUACCACCAACGAAAGGCAAACAAAAACCGGAGGUCAAGCUUGGAAAGACAAUCGGCUUUGUACCGACCGACUUACUACGAAGAAUAUUAUGAUAAUAGGGACCAAUUUGAACCUUAUGACAAUAAACAAAAUUGUGAACAAGUGAUUCCAUAUGGACCAGAAAAGUAUUACAAUGAUGGACCCAACGAAGAAAUGUACAACUAUGAUAAUAGUUAUAGUUAUGCGGAUCAAAAAGAAGAAGAUAGUCAAUGGGAUGGUGGGGGUGUUGGAGAGUACUACUAUUCGCCUGGGUCGAGUAGUGACACUCAACAGCUAAAAACUACAUACCCCGUUCAACAAGAAGUUGAUGAAGAAAACGAAGAGGUUUAUUUUUCACCGAAUCAAAGUUAUGAAGAUCGUCAUUAUAAUGAAAUUCCUUACGAAAUGUCAUCACCAGCUGUACCGGCUCAAAGGCAUAAACAACUUCCUGAAAUACCUACUAAAAAGACACCUUAUAUGGAUUAUUACUCAAAUUCUUAUUAUAACGAGCAGGUAUCGAGUACAAAAAAAAUUUUACCUCAAAUACCUCAAUCUCGUAUCAAGCAAUCGCCUUCAUUGCCACAAUCUUACCAAAAAAUUCAGCGAAGAGCCAGCAUUGAUCAGAGAUCUAGUUCAUUAGAUCAUAAAGACGGAGAUUAUACAUAUACAGAAACUAUAAAUAAAGAUCAAUUUGAAGAGUACGACGAUGGAUAUUAUAAUGAUAGCAUUAACUUACAACACGAAAAACAAUAUGCACAAAACAAUUCAAUGAGUUUAACUAACGAAAAUAACGAAUAUGAAAGUCAAAGAGAUAUUAUGAAUGAUAAAAAAGAAGAAACCGAGGGAUUUAACCGUAGGGAUACGUUUAUGAAAUUUUAUCAAAGAACAGUGAAGCAUUUAGAAAAUCCCAGAGGUUUUUUUCAACAACACAACGAUUCAGCAGAAUCACAAGAAGAUCAUAAAGAGGAAUCUUUUGAAACGGCUGUGUCAUCAGUAAGUACGUCUAACCGACGAUGGAUGCAAGAAGUACCUCCGUCGAAAACAAACAGUUAUGAACAGUAUAAACCUAAAGAAGAUGCAUCAUCUUCUGUUGGUUAUACAUUAAGGCAACAGGAUUCCACAGAUAGUUAUCAAGAUGAAUUACUACCAGCGGAGGACCACAAUGACGAACCGGAAUCACCCAGGGUAUUACCAGAAAUUCCCUCUUCCACCGGUUCUGUUGAUAUGUUCUCCAGUCCCAUAAAACAUUUUCCACCUUCUUUAUCUCAACAACAGCAACAAAAUCAACUGCAACAGUUACAACAACAACAGCAGCACAUUGAAGACCAAGAGGAUGAAGAUCAACUAGACUUGGAUGACGAAAAAGAGUUGUCAGUUGAAGAAACUAGACCUCCAGAACAAACGGCUCCAGAAGAGAAAAGUAACUUGGCAAGAAUGCGAUGGCACAAGGCGUAUAACAAGAUCGUUCAUCAGCUAAAUAUCAUUGACGAAAUUAUCAAAAUAUUGACCAGCUUAGUUAAUUCACAGCAUUAA